AUAGAUAGACAAAGACACCACAGUGACAGCACGGCGCGACAGACACUAGCCUCAAAUUCUCCAAAACCCUCAAUCCCCCCAAAUCUCUGUCUAGCUCACCACCCAAAUGGCCUCUCACUUCCACCACCUCCACCACCAAAGCUACUCUUCCCCCACCACCACAACCACCGCCCCCUGUUGCUGCAACUCUUGUUGCUUCUACAGCCAACCCCAUCUUUCUCCACCAUCACCAGACCCACUUCUCCAAGCCCUCGCUGCUCACAUUCUUCAAUCAACCCCACCAAACCAUCACCAACAUCAACAUCAUCCCCAUCACGAUCCUUACUCUCAUCAAUCUAUGAAACUCAACCCCCACAAACUCCAUCCUCAAAACCAACACCAACAUCAUCAAAAAUUCCAAGAAAUCCCAGAUACAACCCAUUAUCCCCUUCUCUCCUCUCUGCAUCAACGCAUCGAUGCCCUUGAGUCCUCUCUCCACCAUUUUUCCAUUUCUUCUUCUCAUUACUCUCUUCCACACUCUCUCAGGGACUUAGCCGCUCGUGUUAUCCAAACCCAUUUCCGUGCCUUCCUUGUUCGUAGAUCAAGAACCCUUAGACACCUCAAAGACCUUGCUCUCAUCAAGUCUGCCUUCAACUCUCUCAAGUCCUCGAUUUCCAGCAAGACCCACUUCGAUUAUGACACUCUUUCUCACAAAGCCAUGGAUUUGCUUCUCAAGCUUGACUCCAUUCAGGGUAGGGAUUCAAUGAUUAGGAAUGGGAAGAGGUCGAUUAGCAGAGAUUUGGUGAGGUUCUUGGAGUUCAUAGAUGGGGUUGCUGUGAAAAGGACUGGACUUUCCUUCAAAGCAAUGAAGAAUAUAAGGUUUGGUCAUCCAAAUUGUAACAAAGGUAGCGUUUUGGGCACUAAGAUUAGAAGUUCGGGUGGGCAGAGGGAAGUGACACAGAAUAUGAGGGCUAGAGCUGAAAAGAUUGGUGGCUUUUCUAGGGCUUAUCAAAAUGAUGAGGAUGAUGUGGAGUUUGAGGGGUUCCAGCAAGCUUUUGAUGAUGAUGAGGAGGAGGAAGGCCCUAGAGUUGUCAUUAGUGGAAAGAAUGGGCAAAUUAGAAAUGGGGUUUUGGUGAAAAGAAAUGGGGUUCAAUCUAGGGUGAAGAAGAGUGUGAGUUUUGCAGAGAACGGGAAUGUGUAUAGGGUUUUUAGCAACACCCAUGAGCCUAUUUCAAGGAAGAAUGGUUCUGCUAGCUUGGAUGAGAGUGUUUCCAGUGAUGAUCAGGGAGAGCUUGACGGAAAUCUUUGCAGUGAACUUGAAGAAGUUAAAGGUUUUCCUCAGGGGGCUGAGGAUGAUGAUGAGGCACACUCGGAGAAUGGAGGAUCACCACAGGCCAGUGAUGGGGAAAGAAACAUUGCAAGGGUUAUAAGAAACGGAGGUGAUUACGAAAUUAGAGGGCAUUUUAAUGAUCAAAAUGGUGACUUUGUAUUCUCUGCUCCUUUUCCAGUGAAGAUGGAGGCAAAAGCUGAUCAGAUGAAAAAGAAAAGGGCCAUGAAAAUUGAGAAAUAAAUGGCAACUAUGGGAGUUAGGUUCAAUGUUUUUUGUGACUGUUGAGUGGACAUUUGUGGUUUUUGUGUUCCACACAGAUCCUAAUUGUUAGUUUAGAAUUGAUCAAAUAGCCAUUGUGAAAGAGAUGCAUGUAACUGGGGCUUUGCUUGUGCGUUUAUUAUAGCCGUUGCUGUGAAAAAUAGGGUCCGAGGUUGGUCAAUGUGACCAACCUGCCCCUGAAAUUGUAAUGUCUACUAAUUCAAUUCUCUCACACCGUCAUUAUUUCAAGUCAUUCAUUACA